CCGGUUUGGCGCAGUCAGCAGCAGUCAUUUAGCGGUAAAAAACCUCAUUUUAAUUUAUAAAAUACACAGAAUUUGAACUAGUUUCUGAUUAUUUUCGUGUUUUUUUCUUUUCACUCCGCCAGCGGAUUAUCCGCUCUGUUAAAACUCCCUUCAGCGUCUCUGUCGGACACUGGAUACACUGACAAUUCGGAUUAUAAUCCCACUAACGGACCGUUUUCAUUGGAUUCAAUCCGUUCAGGAGGCGAACUUGGAACCGGAGCAGAACCGAACAGGUUAUCCUCGGUGGUUCUGGUUAGGAAAUUCGCCUCAGAAGAACGGUUGUAGUUCCAGUGUUAGAAGCUAAUAUUCGGUAUUGUUUUGGGGAGCAGACGGAGGGACAUGUGACGUGGUGUUAGUCCGUCCAUCAGUUCGCUUUUUUCUUCCUCCUUUUGUUGGUUCGGUUCGGGUUUAACAGAACAUUUAUGAUUCAGCAGCAGGGGACCCGUCUCCUCGCCGGUGUGUUCUGCCAGUGUCGGUCCGCGGAGACCCACGCUGGCGUGGACCCGGGUGGAGGGUGUGGGCCCCCUCCCUCUGUCCACCCGCAGUCCUCCUCCCAGGACUCUCGGUCCGGUUCGGAGAUGGUGGACCAUCCGUGUGACAUGUGCGGAGGUCCGGAGCAGGAGCACCGCCUGAAGGUUCUGUUCCAGAUCCUGGAUGUGAACGGGGACGGAGGGAUCUGCGUGAACGACCUGACCAUCGGUCUGAAGAAGCUGGGAGUCCACCGAACCGAGCACGAGCUCAUGAAAAUAGUCAAAGCAGGAGAUAAAGACCAGGACGGGCAGCUGGACUUCGAAGAGUUCGUUCAUUACCUCAGAGACCACGAGAAGAAACUGCGGCUGGUCUUCAAGAGCCUGGACAAGAAGAACGACGGCAGGAUCGAUUCGCAGGAGAUCAUGCAGUCCCUGCGGGACCUGGGCAUAAACAUCUCUGAGGAACAGGCUGAGGAGAUUCUGAGAAGCAUGGAUAAAAAUGGCACCAUGACCAUCGACUGGGACGAGUGGAGAGAUUAUCACCUGCUGCAUCCUGCGGACAACAUUCCUGAAAUCAUCCUGUACUGGAAACACUCCACGAUCCUGGACGUUGGUGAGAGUAUAAUCGUCCCUGAUGAGUUCACAGCAGAGGAGAAGAAAACGGGCAUGUGGUGGCGGCACCUGGUGGCUGGUGGUGGAGCGGGAGCCGUGUCCCGGACCUGUACGGCGCCUCUCGACAGGCUUAAAGUUCUGAUGCAGGUUCACGCCUCCAAAAGCAACAGCAUGCGCAUCGCCGGCGGGUUCCUCCAGAUGGUCAGAGAGGGCGGGGUGAGGUCGCUAUGGAGAGGAAACGGAAUCAACGUGAUCAAAAUCGCUCCGGAGUCUGCCAUCAAGUUCAUGGCGUACGAGCAGAUAAAACGGCUCAUCGGAAGCAACCAGGAGACGCUGGGAAUGACGGAGAGGUUUGUGUCCGGCUCUCUGGCUGGAGCCAUCGCUCAGAGCAGCAUCUACCCCAUGGAGGUUCUGAAGACGCGCUUGGCCCUCAGGAAGACGGGUCAGUACUCUGGGAUCGUGGACUGUGGCAAACACAUGCUCCAGAGGGAAGGAAUGAUAGCUUUCUACAAAGGUUACGUCCCCAACAUGCUGGGCAUCAUCCCCUACGCCGGCAUCGAUCUGGCCGUCUACGAGACCUUAAAGAACUACUGGCUCCAACGCUUCGCCACAGACAGCGCUGAUCCUGGAGUCUUUGUGCUUCUGGCCUGUGGAACCACCUCCAGCACCUGCGGACAACUGGCGAGCUACCCUCUGGCUCUGGUCCGGACGCGGAUGCAGGCACAAGCCUCCGUGGAGGGCGGACCUCAGAUGACCAUGACGGGCCUCUUCCGGCACAUCGUCCGGACCGAAGGAGCGCUGGGACUCUACCGAGGCCUCGCCCCCAACUUCAUGAAGGUCAUCCCAUCUGUCAGCAUUAGCUACGUGGUCUACGAGUACCUGAAGAUCGCGCUGGGGGUCCAAUCCAGGUGAAGGGACCCAGAGCUCGGACCCCAGCUGGCCAAAAAGUCCCCGCUUCCUCCUUCAUGUUGGACUGAACCGAUCAGCAGGAAGUUUUGGACUGAAGGAUGGUGAGAAGUCGUGAAGGAGGCAGCCGGGCUUCCAGCGUCUGUUUGCUCUGAUUUUUUUAUUUUAUUUUCUUAGUGCUUUAUCACCUCUGAGUCUUAAUUCAAACACCAGUUGAUGUGACUGAGUUACUGGAAACCAGAGGAAGAGAAGCUUCCUGAAAGGGUUCAAGUCUCUGCUGGAGAUUCUGAUCAAACAUCAGAAGCUUUGGGCUGUAAAGGAACUACUGAACCCAGCUGAGGUUAAAAUAAAUCAUCAUCACAUGUUCCUCCAUGUUCCUCCAUGUUUCUGCUGUUUGAUCAGCUGCUGUCAGCCCCGCCCUCACAAAGUGACCCGACUGGGAUCAGCGGCAGCUCCGAGCACAAGCAGCUCAGCAUCUUUGUCACGUCAGCGAUGAUGAAGAUCCUCUUCAGUUCUAACAGUUCGGUUUAUGAAGUUGGACCUUCGGCGCCUCCUGCAGACCAUGUGGGUAAAAAAAAAGAAAGAUUUAAGACAUCAGUUUUUUAUUUGAGUUUUAGACCUUUGGUAAAGUCAAUCAUCUCAGCUCCUCCGGGUCCUGAUGGGUUCUGAUCCAGAAUAAAGUAGCGAUAAACUGAUGGACCAGAACUUCAUCAGCAGUUAUUGGGAUGUUGCUUCAGGUUUUGGUGCAGAAGAAAGACCUGAGCUGAAGUGAAGCGUUCGUUCUCUGUCAUCUAGAUUUAUAAUCGGUUCCGGCCUGAUGGAGCUGGUUGAUCCUCAGCCGCGGUACGAAGACGCAGUGGACAGGGUUAAAGGUUAGACACAGCUACAGAAGCUGCGAUGCUUAGAAGUCUUGUCCUCCGAAACGUCCAACAUCUCACAUUUUCUCUCAUCACUCCUUUAAACUGCACAGCUCAGCCUGAUGCAUUCAGGCUUCCUCAAAAAAGUCAGAAAUAUCAGUAUUUAGGGAAACUUUAAAGUUGUUGGAUCUUAGAGAAACUCCGGAGGUCACGGACUGAUUCCUGAUCUUGGAUUAAACCUGAAGUCACAGACUGAUUCCUGAUCCUGGAUUAAACCCGAAGUCACAGACUGAUUCCUGAUCCUGGAUUAAACCUGAAGUCACGGACUGAUUCCUGAUCCUGGAGUCACGGACUGAUUCCUGAUCCUGAAGUCACGGACUGAUACCUGAUCCUGGAUUAAACCCGAAGUCAGGCUGAUUCCUGAUCUUGGAUUAAACCCGAAGUCAGGCUGAUCCCUGAUCCUGGAUUAAACCUGAAGUCAGGCUGAUUCGUGAUCCUGGAUUAAACCUGAAGUCACAGACUGAUUCCUGAUCUUGGAUUAAACCCGAAGUCAGGCUGAUUCGUGAUCCUGGAUUAAACCUGAAGUCACGGACUGAUUCCUGAUCUUGGAUUAAACCUGAAGUCAGGCUGAUCCCUGAUCCUGGAUUAAACCUGAAGUCACGGACUGAUUCCUGAU